GUCCAUAACCUUGUGAAAUCUUUGCGUCGUUGUCUCUAGGAGUUGGCAAUUUUAACUCUGUCCUUUUGAUGGACUCUCCAAAGCUAUCUCUUCUGUCUUCUCCCUUCACAAAAAAAAUGAUAAUUGCUUUCUGUAUUUUUAACUAAUAUUGGAUUACUCAUCUGUUCAUCUCUCUUUCUCACUCAAACACAGACGCAGACAGACACAAAGGAAACAUUGUAGACUAGGAACAAGAUUUAUAAAAGAACAGAAACCAAGGAAUGAAUGGUGUUUCAGCUGUCGAACCAGAUUACUCUGAGUUUGUUGAAGUUGAUCCUACUGGAAGAUAUGGAAGAUACGAUGUGAUUCUUGGCAAAGGAGCCUCAAAGACUGUUUAUAAAGCCUUUGAUGAGUAUGAAGGGAUUGAAGUAGCAUGGAAUCAGGUGAAGCUCUAUGACUUCCUACGGAGUCCUGACGACCUUGAAAGGCUGUACUGUGAAAUUCAUCUGCUCAAGACUCUUAAACACAACAACAUCAUGAAGUAUUACACUUCUUGGGUUGAUUCAGCUAAGAGGAACAUAAACUUUGUCACUGAGAUGUUCACCUCUGGUACUCUCAGAGAGUAUAGGCUGAGGCACAGGAGAGUAAACAUUCGAGCCGUGAAGCAUUGGUGUAGACAGAUUUUGAGAGGGCUUCUCUAUCUCCACAGCCUUAACCCCCCUGUUAUCCACAGAGACCUCAAGUGUGACAACAUUUUUAUCAAUGGGAACCAAGGGGAAGUCAAGAUUGGUGAUCUUGGCCUUGCAGCAAUCCUACGUAAAUCUCAUGCUGCUCACUGUGUCGGAACACCAGAGUUCAUGGCACCGGAGGUGUAUGAAGAGGAAUACAAUGAAUUAGUUGACAUAUAUUCUUUUGGAAUGUGCAUCUUGGAGAUGGUCACCUUUGAAUAUCCUUACAGUGAAUGCACCCACCCUGCUCAGAUAUAUAAGAAAGUUAUCUCUGGGAAAAAACCAGAGGCUCUGUACAAAGUAAAAGAUCCUGAGGUGCGACAGUUUGUUGAGAAAUGCUUAGCAACUGUGUCCCGUAGGCUCCCUGCUAGGGAGCUUCUGAAGGACCCUUUUCUCCAAAUCAAUGACUACGGGUCUAAGUUAAGUUCAAUAGAGUACGAGGGAGAUAUUGAUGAAGUAGGCCCUCUCCGAAGACAACCAUAUUAUGAAAUUCAUAACAAUAAUCCCUCUUUGAUGAGUGGGUACGGCGGCAAUUAUCUUGGUUAUGCACCUGAAAUUGAUUUAGAGUACCAUCCAGUUGACUUUGAAUCGAGUGAACUUGAUCUCUUCUCUUGUCAAGAGGAUGAGCAUUUGGGAGAUAUUGACAUUACAAUCAAAGGGAGAAGAGAAGAUGAUGGCAUCUUCUUAAGGUUCAGAAUUGCAGAUAAAGAAGGCCGUAUUCGAAACAUCUACUUCCCAUUUGACAUUGAGACUGACACAGCAAUGAGCGUUGCAAUAGAAAUGGUGGCCGAGCUUGAUAUUACUGACCAAGACGUGACAAAAAUAGCAGAUAUGAUUGACGGUCAAAUUGCUGCUUUGGUGCCACAGUGGAAGAGGGGGCUGGGCAUAGAGGAAAGUCCACAUAGCACAAGUGCAAGUUUUUGUCACAACUGUGCUUCAAAUAAUCACCUAUUGGAUUAUGUAUCAUCAAAUAGUCUAGGAGGCAAGAAUCUGCAGGUUCUUCAGUGUUCCAAACAUGGAUGUGCUUCAAUCCAUGGACGUUUCGAAGAGAUAACGUACCAAGUUGAAGGGUCAGAACAAUGUGUAACAGAUGGCGCACCAAAGACAUCAAGCCAAUCUGGUGGUGACAUCCAUUUUGCUGAUAUCUGGGCUGAGCGAGACGGACUAGAGUUGAGCUCAUCAGGGUCAAGGGAGAUCUGCUGCGAUGAAGGGAAUAAACCUUUGGACCAUUCAACCAUUGGAAACGAGAGAACUAUAAUUUUGGAUGAUCAAAGUGAAUCCAGUGCAAUAAACUCACUCUCCACAAACCCUUCAGCAGAGUGUGCUCUCUUGGAUUAUGAGAAUGAGAUCAGACAAGAAUUAAGAUGGCUCAAAGCGAAGUAUCAAAUGCAGUUGAGAGAGCUCAGAGACCAACAACUAGGAGUGAAAUGGAAAUCUUCGAGCUUGUCUCAAAAGUCUGACAACUUAGAGCACAGAAAAGGCGAAGUUUCACCGCCUUUGGGCUCAGCCCAGAUAAAGAGAGAGAACAUUAAUGAACCUGUCCUGAAAUCUUUUCCCUCUUGGAAACAUUUUACUUCAGAUUUUCCCAUUGGUGCCGAUAAGAAAUGUUGCAGUGUGGCAAACGAAAUGACCGAAAAUUCUGAGGCAAUCAAUGGCUCUUACAGUCCUGAGAAGAUGUUUACUGCCCAGAGUUUCUAUACUGGAGCCUUGGUUCUUCCAAACUCUCUGCAUAGGGCAACUUCUCUUCCAGUUGAUGCUGUAGAUGUUUAAAGCCUGCCAGAUACUCUUAAGUUUCUCUCCAAGUUUUAUCAGGCUGCCUCUUUUCAUUGACAGGAGAAAUGAAGGUAAUAUGUGUAUUACUUGUACAAUGAGAGAAGUAACUUCCACAUAAUAUACUUUGUAGGGUCUGUUCCCAGCAAUCCCGGGUGAGAUUACUUCACUUGGGUAAUUUUGAGUUAAUGUGCAUUGCCCACUAACUUAGAAGUAAACCAGGUUUCCCAAA